AUGAAGCUUGCGACGAGCAUCAUGAAACGACGCAACGAUUUGGAACGUCUUCGACGAGAAAUGAUCAGCGAGACACAAGACGAGUUCUUUACCGAAAAACAGUUUCUGGCGUUGGUACUUUUGUACGAGUACGCGUUCGGAUGUGGCCUGAAGAAGAGCCACCGACUGAAAAAGUUGCUGUUGAAACAUAAGAAAAUUUUGACUUCGAAAAUCGACCCAUUGGUGGCUGAGAUGAAGCGCAGCGGUGAACUUGACGAAGACGCUACCAAAAUGUGCAAAGUGCCUCGCUAUGUGCGGAUCAAUACCUUGAAAACUAGCACCGACGAAGUUUUGAAAACCCUUCUGACCGAUGGCUGGUUGAAAUUGUCAACGGGAAAUUUGCUCACACAAGAACAGUACAUGCAGAAGGUGCGUUCUCUGGUGAACUGCGAAUUUUUGGUCGACAAACACAUUCCGAGCAUUCUUACGUUUCCUCCCGGUACAGAACUUCAUAAGAACGAGCUGGUGGUUGCCGGAAAGUUGAUACUUCAGGAUAAAAGCAGUUGUUUUCCUCCAAUGCUACUUCGAGCGCGUCCCGGCGCUAAAGUCCUUGAUAUCUGUGCAGCGCCUGGCUUAAAGACCAGUCAAAUAGCCGCACAAAUGCAAAACAAGGGCAUCAUUUCUGUUGACUUGAACGAAGAACGGGUGGCAACGAUGAAAAAUUUGUUGAACUUGUAUGGAAUCGAAUGCUGUGAAGUUCUGUGCUCAGAUUUUUUGGCAUUGGACAUGGCCAGCGAUCAGUUUUCUGACGUGACUCAUGCGUUGGUCGACCCUCCUUGUUCCGGCUCAGGUAUCUACUCGCGCAAUGAGGCUUACGCAGAUCGCCAAAGCAGCAUGACGCCGAUGAGACUGGAUAGGUUGGGCAACCUGCAGGCGAUGAUUCUCAAACGUGCCCUGAGCAUCUGCACUCUGCAACGCCUCGUCUACUCCACCUGUUCCACGUUCGAAAGAGAAAAUGAAGCUGUUGUGCAGGAAGUCCUCGACGAAUACUCAGACUACUAUCACCUGGAGUAUGCGUUCCCACAGUGGACACAUCGAGGCAUGGAAAGUUAUUCAUUUGGAAAAUGUUGUUUGAGGUUCUCAGAGGAAGACCUCACUAAUGGCUUUUUCAUUGCUGUUUUCGUGAGUAACGAGGUUACUAAUGACAUUUAA